AUGGAAGAAGAUGAGGAUGUCGUCAUGGCCGGCAUGGCUCCGCCUACCAUGAUUCCCAUUGGCCCCGGUCGUCCUUCGAGUACUACUCCGGAGAAACCUCCCAGUCCUCUGGAAUUAAAUGGUAUAACAACAGCCGCAGUUCCCGAUGAAACACCAUCAUUAAUCCAGUCAUUCCGAGAGAAGCUCCCUAUUUCUAUAAAUCUUUCCAAAGACGCCGAUUCCCCACAGGACCAUGCUACAGUUUCCACCCCGGAAAGGAUAUCACCAGAGGAAUCCAAGUCUAACACAGACGAGGACAGCCUGGUCGAAGAAGAUUCCGAUUGGCCCAAUGACAUGGCCGAAGAGAACAAGGGUUUGCCCCUUGCGUCUCUUCCCACAGGUCUAUGCUAUGAUAUUCGCAUGCGUUAUCACUGCGAAGUCAAGCCGACUUUGGACGUCCAUCCGGAAGAUCCACGGCGAAUUUAUUACAUUUACAAGGAGCUUUGCAAGGCAGGGCUGGUUGAGGAUCCCGAGUCUUCAAAACCGCUCGUCUCCCUGCCGCUACACCGAAUAUUGGCAAGAGAUGCUACUGAGGAAGAGAUAGCGUUGGUGCAUGAUCCGGAACAUUAUGCUUUUGUUAAAAGCACGAAAGAUAUGUCCGAGGAUGAUUUGAUCGCGCUUGAACACACGCGGGAUUCGAUCUAUUUCAAUUCCCUCACAUUCACAUCUGCCAUACUCUCGUGUGGUGGUGCCAUUGAGACGUGUAAGGCCGUCGUGGAUCGCCAGGUGAAGAAUGCCAUUGCGGUAAUCAGGCCGCCGGGCCAUCACGCUGAACAUAACAAAACCAUGGGUUUUUGUUUGUUUAAUAAUGUUUGCGUUGCGGCCAGGGUAUGCCAGAGAGAGUUCGGAGAAAAGUGUCGGAAGAUAUUGAUUCUGGAUUGGGACGUACAUCAUGGAAACGGCAUUCAAAAAGCUUUCUAUGAUGAUCCGAACAUCCUUUAUAUCUCUCUUCAUGUGUAUAGGGAUGGCUCCUUUUAUCCCGGUGGUGACGAAGGUAACUGGGACCACUGUGGUGAAGGGAACGGAUUAGGAAAGAAUAUCAAUAUUCCCUGGCCAACACAAGGGAUGGGUGAUGGCGAUUACAUGUAUGCCUUCCAGGAAGUGAUAAUGCCCAUAGCCUAUGAAUUCGAUCCAGAUCUAGUUAUCAUAUCUGCUGGUUUCGAUGCGGCUGCCGGUGACGAAUUAGGAGGAUGCUUUGUAACCCCUCCUUGCUAUGCCCAUAUGACCCGUAUGCUUAUGAAUUUGGCUGGUGGUAAAGUGGCAGUUUGCCUAGAGGGAGGGUAUAAUUUUAGAUCAAUAUCCAAGUCUGCGCUUGCUGUAACGAGGACGUUGAUGGGUGAACCGCCCGACCGUCUUUAUUCGGCAUCUGCAUCGAGACCUGCAGUGCACACCGUAAAAAGAGUCGCAAUGAUUCAGUCAGCGUAUUGGAAAAGCAUUUAUCCGAAAGGCCCUCCGGAGAUAUUCCAGGGCAAUAGGAUGCAUGAUAUCAUACGGCAAUACCAAGCGAAACAGCUUUACGACGAUUGCAAGCUCACAAAUCUUUACAUAUAUCGAGACACAAUCUCGAAAUCAUUUGAGAAUCAAGUGCUCGCGAGCCAAAAUUACGACAAAGAAAAUCCACUUCUAGUGAUCUUUCACGACCCCCCUGAACUCAUGGGCAUUCCACACCCUGUCACCAACAUAUUGGAACCACAUAACUGCUGGCUUGCUGAUGUCAUCAAGGACUAUGUCUCAUGGGCCAUUCAGAACAAUUUUGGCGUCAUUGAUGUCAACAUUCCCAAACACAUUACUUCAUCUAAGAAAUCGAACACGUACCAAGAUGAGACCCCCACACGAAUGCAGAUGAGUGACCAACUUGCUACGUAUCUUUGGGAGAAUUAUAUCGAACCCAACGACGCAACAAGCAUCUUUUUCCUUGGGGUAGGUGAUGCAUAUUAUGGUCUAACAAACCUCUUAGUGAAUACAGAACGAGUUCACGAACGCGUUAAUGGUGUCAUCUCAUUCGUGGCUGAAAACCCCGUCCGCGCUGUCUCGAGCAACACCACCACCUGGUUGUCGAAAUGGUAUAAAGAUAACUCCAUGGUCUUCGUCUCGCACCUGCACAGUGUCUGGUCCGGGCCGGAAAACAGUCGCAAGUUCUCGAAACGGCAUGGCCGUCUGAUCCGCUCACCUAACCGGGGGCUCAAUGAAAUGCUUAAUGCGCAUAAGGAGCAAGUUUUUAAGUUUAUAGUGGAUAGAGUGGAAGGAGCUGGUGUUGAGGAGUGA